UGUAAUUAUCGUGAAGAAGCGUAGCUUUGCAGCGCAUAUUCGACUGCAUACAGCAAUUCGCAAAAUUAUAACAGUGCCGACACUCUUCACGUGUAAACCGCAUUGAAGAUGGAACGCUGGUUGGGACGCGUUGCUGUGGUGACCGGCGCUAGUGCGGGUAUUGGUGCCGCCUGUGCGCAGUAUCUCGCCAAUAAUGGCAUGAUCGUUGUAGGUCUGGCGCGUCGUAAGGAACGCAUUGAAACGCUACGUGAAACACUGAAACCGGAAGCCAGCCAACGAUUGCACGCAAUACAAUGUGAUGUGCGCAAGGAGCAAGAUAUUAUAGAUGCCUUUAAGCAGAUCGAGUCGGAAUUCGGAUCGGUGGCGGUGCUGGUGAACAAUGCGGGCAUAUUGCGUUUCAGCGAUUUGGUGAGUGAGGAUAACACGAGCGAUUUACGCGAUACGAUCGAUACAAAUGUGCUGGGCGUGGCAUAUUGUACACGCGAAGCGUUUCGUGCGAUGCGCGCGCAUGGUGGGGAUGGACAUGUUUUCCUGAUUAACAGCAUUGCCGGGCAUAAUGUGGCAAGCAUACCGGGUUUAUCGUGGAAUAUGUAUCCAUCUUCGAAAUAUGCGGUGACCGCUAUGACGGAGGUUUAUAGGCAAGAAUUCUUGAAAUACAAUACAAAGAUUAAAGUGACGAGUAUCAGUCCUGGCGGCGUGUUAACAGAUAUUUUACCAAUGCAUCUCCUACCGGAAGACAAAACUAAUUUACCGCUAUUAAAGCCGGAAGAUGUGGCCGAUGCUUUGUUAUAUUGUCUACAGACGCCACCGCAUGUGCAGAUCCACGAACUGACUAUAAAACCUAUGGGCGAAUGAGUGUGCACUUAUAACCCAAACAAUCAUCAAACCCGUCCUUACACUCAGACAUAUCAUACAUGUGACCGGUUUGCUUCAUAAAAAAUGAUAAAAAUUUUAUUCUUGCUUAUGUAAAAAUAAAAAUCAGCGAAAGUAAAAGUGUACUCGUCAGCGAAAAUAUGAAAGUCAGAAUUACGCAGCAGAAAUUUUUUUGGUGUAUGAUACAACGAUGAGUGCAUACAGUGUGAGACAUGAAAUGAAGGAGAGGUGAGCAAGAGCAAAACAUGCCAGAGAGAGAGAGAGAGAGAGAGAGCGCGCGACUUUGUUGGCGAAUGACACCAAUAAAACUAAAAAGUUAAUAUUUUCGGCUAAGUGCGUUAAGAGUUGCCAUACGAAAAAAAAAUUAUAUUUUAUAAAAAUGUGUUUUUGUUAAUAAUAUUUUAUAUUUGGAUUUAUUGAUUUUAUACGAAGAAAUUAAUAAAAUAAAUAUAAUAAAAAAAUAAAUAUAAAAUAUUUAAA